AUGCUCUCAGGGGAACUUCCUUUCUCUAAACACCACCCCUUGGCAGUGGACCUGCUCACACCUCAGAGCCAGACACAGAUAAAAAGGGCAGCCUCCCUUCCUCCUCCAUGCUCAGAACCCAGCGGCAGAGGCUACUCGGGAGCUCAGGAGCUGCUGACAUUGCAAGUGCCUUGGGUUGCAACGCCGACGAGAACCAUGAGCGAUACCACUGGCACCGACCUGAAGGUCACUGGGGUUGACUUUCUCAGGAGCGAGAACUGCCGCCUGCACCGCACGGACGCCUACAACAUCAAUAACCUGGUGGUGCGGCGCGGGCAGCCCUUCCAGCUCCAGCUCAACUUCAGCAGGGACCUGAAGGCUGACGACAAGCUGGCACUGCGUUUCGGCAUCGGUGAAAAGCCCAUCAGAGUCAGGGGGACCCCAAUGUCACUGGACCCCAGGCGGGACGAGGACUUCGGUGGGUGGCAAAUCUCCAUCGUCAGGAGCAGCGGCAACCAGUGUGUACUGUCUGUCACCAGCUCGCCCUGGGCUCCGGUGGGGAAAUACACCCUGAACGUGAAGACUGGGAAUAACAUCUAUAAGCCCGAAAAUGAGCCUAUCUACCUUCUGUUCAAUCCUUGGUGCGAAGGGGAUGUUGUCUUCCUGGACAGUGAGGCACAGAGAAAGGAGUAUGUGCUCAACGACACAGGCUACAUAUACGUUGGGUCUGCAUACAACAUAUACGGCAGACCCUGGAAUUUUGGACAGUUCGAGGAAUUAGUCCUGGACGCCUGCAUGUAUCUGCUGGACAAAAGUGAACUCAAGCUGAGCAGCAGAAGGGAUCCUGUGUUCAUCUCCAGAGCCAUGUCUGCCUUGGUGAAUGCCAAUGAUGACAAUGGUGUCCUGCUGGGGAACUGGUCGGGGAAGUACAGCAACGGGACCGCCCCUACGGACUGGAUCGGGAGCGUCGCCAUUCUGCAGCAGUUUUACAGAACACAGAAGCCGGUCUGUUAUGGUCAAUGUUGGGUCUUCGCAGGAGUCCUCACCACAGUCAUGCGCUGCCUGGGGAUCCCCUCCCGCUGCGUCAGUAACUUCAACUCUGCGCACGAUACGGAUGAGAACCUGAGAGUGGACAUCUACCUGAACGAAUAUGGAGAGAAGCUGGACGCCAUGUCCUUUGACUCCGUCUGGAACUUCCACGUGUGGAACGACGUCUGGAUGAAGCGGACAGACCUGCCGUCAGGGUUUGACGGCUGGCAGGCCAUUGAUUCAACCCCGCAGGAGCAAAGUCAAGGUCUUUUCCAGUGUGGUCCAUGCCCACUGAAGGCUGUGCGAGAAGGGGAUGUGUAUCUGCCCUUUGACAGCAAGUUUGUGUACGCGGAAGUGAACGCUGACAAAGUCUACUGGGUUGUCAAGAAGGUGAACAAUGAGGAUAAGUUCAUCAAGAUCAGCACGGAGACCCGCGGCAUCGGUGUGAACAUCAGCACAAAAGCCGUGGGGCAGAACAGGCGGGAAGACAUCACCGCAGAGUACAAGUUCCCUGAAGGUUCCGAAGAGGAAAGGGAGUCUAUGCAGAGAGCUACCUCCUUCUUACGCCCAUCAGGACUGAUGCCUCGUGCACACUUCGCUUCCACUGUGCGCGUGGAUGAGAAGGGUUCCGAGUAUGGGGUUGUGCAGGAGCCAGCCCCCAAGACUGAGGUCCUGAAGGAGGAGGUCCCCAAGAGUGGGCUCCAGCUUGAGAUCACCAACAAAGAAGCUUUGCAACCUGGCAAUCCCCUUGAGCUGGCCAUCACAGUGAAGACCUCUGCUCCUGGGAAGUGGACCAUCAAUCUGGUUGGCUCCUGCCAGCUGCAGUCCUACACUGGGAAAAUCCAGGCCAGCCUUGGAUACAUCAAGGAGACCGUCAACCUUGAAGGCAAAUCUGAGAUACAGAUCCCUCUGACAAUCCCAGCCGAUACGUACAUGAGCACCCUGGCCACGGUGGAGGAUGAGGUGCACAUCCACGUCACCGCCAUCGCUGAGGUCCAGGGGACAGAGGACAAGCUCACCAAGGAGACGUCAAUGAGCUUCGAGUACCCCCCCAUCACUGUCCAGAUGCCAGAAACGGCCAAGCUGAACAAGGAUUUCAUCUGCGCCUUCAUCUUUAAGAACAAGCUGAACGUGCCCCUAGGAAAUUGCAAACUGCUGGUGGAGGGCUUGGGCAUCUUCAAGAUGGCGAUGUUUGACGAGGGGGACAUAGAGCCUGGUAGGAUCAUUAAGUCUGAAAUAAUCUGCACCCCGACAAGACUAGGAGAGAAGAAAAUCGUCGCCAAGCUGACCUCAACCCAGAUCAAAGGGAUCUCCGUGGAGAAGGCCAUCACCAUCACCGCGUAG